ACAGCCGGGAGGCAGAUGCAGCCCCCGAGGCGCUGAGGCCCCGCCCUCCGCCUUCUGCCCCGGCUCCGGGAUUUCCUCCCCGAUGGCCUGUAACCGCUCGGCCGCCGACACCUACGGAAACCUGCUGCCCAACGGGAGCCAGGCGGCGGCCCCCGGGCCCGCGGCCCCGCCCGCGCCCCUCAGGGUGUCCCUGGCGGCCCUCAUGGCGCUCGUGACGGCCGGGGGGCUCCUCGGCAACGCCGCGCUCUGCGUCAUCGUGUACCGGCGGCCGGCCAUGCGCUCCGCCGUCAACCUGCUGCUGGCCACGCUGGCCUUCUCGGACGUCAUGCUGUCCCUGUGCUGCAUGCCCUUCACCGCCGUCACCCUCGUCACCGUCCGCUGGCACUUCGGGGACGCCUUCUGCCGCGUCGCCGCCGCGCUCUACUGGUUCUUCGUGCUGGAGGGCGUGGCCGUGCUGCUCAUCAUCAGCGUGGACCGCUUCCUCAUCAUCGUCCAGCGCCGCGACAGGCUGAACCCGCGCCGGGCCAAGGCGGUCAUCGCCGCGUCCUGGGCGCUGUCCUUCUGCGUCGCGGCCCCGUCGCUGGCCGCCCGGCCGCUGGUGGAGGUGCCCGCGCGGGCCCCGCAGUGCGUGCUCGGCUACACCGAGCUGCCGGCCGGCCGCGCCUACGUGCUGGCGCUGCUGGGCGCCGCCUUCUUCGCGCCCUUCGCCGUGAUGCUCGGCUCCUACCUGGGCAUCCUGCACGCGGCGCGCAAGAACGCCGUGCGCGUGCACGACCAGUCGCACGGCCUGGACCUGCGGCGGCUGCCCCGCGCCGGCCUGCGGCGGCUCCAGCGGCAGCAGCAGCUCAGCCUGGACCUCAGCUUCAAAACCAAGGCCUUCACCACCAUCCUCAUCCUCUUCGUGGGCUUCUCGCUGUGCUGGCUGCCGCACUCCGUCUACAGCCUGCUGUCCGUGUUCAGCCGGAGGUUCUACUGCGGCCCCUCGUUCUACGCCACCAGCUCUUGCAUCCUGGGGCUCAGCUACCUCAAGUCCGUCUUCAACCCCAUCGUCUACUGCUGGCGAAUCAAGAAGUUCCGCGAGGCCUGCCUGGAGCUGCUGCCGCAGACCUUCCAGGUCCUCCCCAGGGUGCCCGAGCGGAUCCGGAGGCGAAUCCAGCCGAGUGCCGUGUACGCGUGCACCGAAAACCAGUCCGCCGUGUAGGGGGUGGCGGGGGGCCCCCUGCCCCGCGCUCGGCUUCCUGGUACUUGCGUGCCGUCAGCACUUCGGGGGGCCUCUUAAGCA